CCGGACGCGUGCGCCGCACGCUGACUGACUGACGCCGGUCGCCGUGGGGAGGGGGCUAGCUCGUCGGGUCCGGACGCGAACGGCGUGCGCGACCUGCCUGCCUGUCCUGUCCUGGCUGCAGUCUUGAAUUCCGGUCAGCAAGAGGAGCCAUCACGCACCUGUGGAAGAACCCAACCGGGGCCAUGGAAGGCAGCUGCGAGCGUAGGCGUCGCUGCAUCAGCAGCAAGGAGUAGGGCCAAGGCGAAGUCGACGCAUGAAUCAGACGACCAAGAAUAGGGACGCCAGGUCACCCUCACCCACCACCUUCCAUUACCCUGCACCUUGUAUUUUUCCAAACAAUUAAUGCCCAGCACCAAUGAUUGCUCUAAAGUAUUGUACGUACCUCCCGGAAAUGAUACUCUUCAAAUACUCUCUUGUCAAUCGAAUCCGCCUUUUCCUGCUUCACCGGAAAGAGUACCCAUACCUUUACUUGGCUUUGCUGUUCUGCUGCUGAUCUCCUUGUCAAGGCAGAGCACAGCCAUGCAGCCACUCCAAUUUACAUGCAAGAAACUACCCAUACCUUUGCUUGGCUCUGCUGUUCUGCUGCUGAUCUCCUUGGCCACCCCCACCAGUUCUUGCACAGAGCAGGAGAAGAACUCCCUCCUCCAGUUCGUCUCUGGGCUCUCACAGGAUGCUGGCCUUGCAAAGUAAUGGCAGGAAGACACACAUUGCUGCAAUUGGGAAGGCAUCACCUGCAAUGGAAACAAAACAGUUAUUGAUGUCUCUCUAGCAUCUAGAGGCCUUGAAGGGUCCAUCACACCAUCUCUCGGCAACCUCACUGGCUUGCAGCGUCUUAAUCUGUCCUGCAACUCCCUCUACGGUGGCCUCCCUCUGGAGUUGGUGUCCUCCAGCACCAUCAUGGACCUUGACGUCAGCUUCAACCAGCUCAACGGAGACCUGCAUCAGCUGCCAUCUUCAGCCUCUGGCUAACCUCUGCAGGUACUUAACAUCUCGAGCAACUUGUUUACAGGGCAGUUUACAUCUGCAACAUUGAAGGGGAUGCAGAAUUUGAUCGCACUCAAUGCCAGCAACAACAGCUUUACUGGGCAGAUUCCCACUCAUUUCUGCAACAUAUCACCAUCUUUUGCUGUCCUUCAACUCUGUUUCAACAAACUCAGUGGCAAUAUCCCACCAGGGCUGGGCGAUUGCUCCAAGCUCAGAGUGCUCAAGGCCGGGCACAACAACCUCAGUGGGACUCUCCCUGAUGAACUCUUCAAUGCUACCUCGUUGGAGCAUCUCUCUUUCCCCAGAAAUGGUUUACAAGGAAUGCUUGAUGACACGCAUAUAUUCAAACUCAGAAAUCUGGCCAUCCUUGACCUUGGAGAAAACAAAUUCAGCGGAAUUAUUCCAGACUCCAUAGGUCAGCUCACGAGAUUGCAGGAACUCCAUUUGGACUACAACAUCAUGUCUGGGGAGUUGCCAUCAACCUUUAGCAACUGCACAAAUCUCAUAACACUUGACCUUAAGAGUAACAAUUUCAGUGGUGAACUCCACAAGGUCGGUUUCUCCAACUUUCCCGAUCUAAAAACCUUAGAUCUUUUGUGGAACAACUUCGGUGGCACAAUUCCAGAAAGCAUAUACUCGUGCAGAAACCUGAUUGCACUACGACUGUCUGCAAAUAAGUUCCAUGGACAGUUAUCGAAAGGACUCGGCAAUCUGAAAUCCCUCUCCUUCCUGUCGCUCGGAAACAACAGUUUUUCAAAUAUAACAAAUGCACUUCAGAUAUUAAGAAGCUCCAAGAACCUCACCACCCUUCUUCUUGGGAUGAAUUUCAUGAACGAGACCAUGCCAGACAAUGCCAGAAUUGAUGGUUUUGAGAAUCUUCGGGUUUUGGACAUGUACGGUUCCCUAUUGUCGGGGGAAAUACCUUUUUGGAUAUCAGAGCUAGCGAAUUUGGAGAUCUUGUCUUUGAGAGGUAAUCGACUCACUGGACCAAUACCAGCUUGGAUCAACACAUUGGAAUACCUUUUCUAUUUACACAUAUCAAACAACAACCUUACAGGAGAAAUUCCGACAACAUUAAUGGCUAUGCCAAUGCUAACUUCAGAGAAGACUGCAGCUCAUUUGGACAAAAGGGUCUUUGAUCUGCCAGUUUAUCAUAGUCCAUCACUUCAAUACCGCAAACCAAUUGCUUAUCUUAAAGCUCUAUGCCUAAGCAGAAACAAAUUUACGGGUGUGAUUCCUCCGGAGAUUGGUCAGUUGAAAGCCCUCUUUUCACUCGAUAUCAGCUUCAACAACUUGACAGGACCGAUCCCACCAUCCAUCUGCAAUCUCACAAACCUAGAGGUGCUAGAUUUAUCCAACAACAAUCUCACAGGUGAAAUCCUUGCUGCACUGGAGAACCUUCACUUCCUUUCUGAUUUCAACAUCUCAAACAAUGACAUGGAAGGCCCUAUUCCAACAGGAGGCCAGUUUUGUACAUUUCCAAAUUCUAGCUUUGCUGGGAACCCAAGGAUGUGUGGGCCUGGGCUUAAUCACCAUUGUACUUCGGUAGAGGUAGGUCUUGCGCCCACUGGCUCCAAAGGACUGUGUGGUGGCGACAUCGUCUUCGCUGUAUCCUUCAGUGUUUUCAUUGGAGUAGGAGUGCUAUAUGAUCAGAUGGUACCAUCCAGAUACUUCGGCUAGGAAAAACUUGCUUCAGCAACGUGUCCUGGAUUGAAGAAUGAAUAUAGGCACUGGAUGUAAUCAUGCAACUGAAGCUCUCAGCAAACAACGGGAACUUUGUAAUAGUUAAUACCCAUAUAGAAACAUGACGUGAUCUCCAGUGUUUUUGCUUGAGCAAGUCCGACUUCGUUGCUCCAAAAACAUGAUCCUGCAAGCAAAUUCAGGAAUGGAGCGUUUACUGUCAGUAAACAGAGCAAUAUAUGUAUCUACAUCUUUUCC